AUGCCUCCUAAGCAGUAACAUCUUAAAACUUAAUCGUCAGAGAUAUCAAAUUAGGCCCUUAUGAAUUAUCUAUCUAAUCGUGAAGCUUUACAUGCAAGAAUAUCGAAUUCACCAACAUUCUAGAUGGACUACAAAGUAUAAAUUUUAGUUCACCUAAGAGCAAAUAAAUUGGUCCUUACUAAUCCACCAUGUUUAAAUCGAAUGCUUCAUAGCCGUCUCUCAAAAUCCCUUAAUAAUAGUACAUAUGGCUUUAGACGUAGAUAAACCUUACGAAAAAUAUAACAAUCAGAUUUACUUAAAUCGAAAGGAUUCAUGUCUCCCAAGAUCACUAGUCAAGAAAGGGUGCAUUAAAGGACACAACCCAAAUCUCGUGGCAAUCAUAUGAAAACUCAACCUCAUUCCAAUCAAAAUUCCUAAACCAAAAUGAAAUCCAUGGAAAGUGUUUAGGAUGAUUCUCCAAAACAACUGUUUAAAAGUCAGCAAUACUCUACAUUAGCCAAAGCAGAACAAGUCAUCAAGUAGUAAACCUCUGAAACUAAACAGAAACAAUCAUCUGAUAUGUUAGCCAGAUUAAAUUUCUAAAAGUCCUUGAUUGUGUCUAGUGCCAAGCAUUAAAACAUACAGUUUUUAGGAACCUAGAUUUAUUAAGUCCAAAAUCAUCAGAAAUCAAAUAGUGCGUAAUUUAUAGAGACUCAAAAAUUACCUACUCAAACCUCCUCACAACCUCUUAUUCAAAUUCAGCCAGAAAAAAAUAAAACUAUUACAACAAGAAAAUCUUAAUAGGAUUUCAUUCAAAUUAUAUUGCAAUUUAAAACCUUCAAGUAGAAAAUGUCUAUUGAUAUCUCGAAUAACAAAAUAUCAUAUCUAUUGGAGUCAAUCAAAUAAGAGAUUAAUAAAAUGUUAGCUGAUAAUGAGACUCUUUCGAUAAUUGGAAUUAAAACCUUCAAUAUUUCUAUACCUAUUGAUUAUAUCCUUUCUUCAAUUGAAAGACCUCUAUCUUUACUUUCCAACUGUCCUACCCAUCCGUUAAUCAUAGAACCUAUCUUACAAACAGAAUAAGAAAAUAGACCAACAAGAGUCUGUUUAAAAGAUUUCGAGUUUAUCAGAUGCAUAGGCAUGGGUGGAUUUUCUAAAGUAUACAUGGUUAGAGAAAAAAGAACAGGGUAGUUUUAUGCUAUGAAAUUAAUAGAAAAAAGCUCUAUAAUUUCAUAGAAUAAAUAAAUUAUCAUAUAAAAUGAAAGAGAUUUGAUGUGCAAUUUAAAUCAUCCCUUUAUUGUUAAAAUAUAAUAUGCCUUUGAAUCGAGAAAAUAUUUGAUAUUUGUCUUAGAAUAUUGUUCUGGAGGAGAACUGUUUUUUUUGUUAAGAAAAGUGAAGAGGAUGAGUGAAGAACAAGCAUUUUUUUAUUUUGCAGAAAUAUGCUUGGGUAUGAAACACUUACAUGAUAGAAAUAUCAUAUAUAGAGACAUUAAACCUGAAAAUAUUUUAAUUGAUUUUGACGGACAUGUAAGAAUAGCAGAUUUUGGACUGUCAAAAUAAUUAGAUUAAGAUAUUGCCUAUUCAUUUUGUGGAUCUCCAGAAUAUAUGGCUCCUGAAAUGCUAUUGAAAUAGGGACACAAUCUACAAUUAGACUUAUAUUGUCUAGGAGCUUUGCUUUAUGAAUUGACUACUGGAUUACCGCCUUUCUAUUCAAGGAACACUGAAGAAAUCUACCAAAGGAUUUUAAGUCAGAAAUUGAGUUAUCCGCCCUAAUUGUAGAUGUCCUCCCUUCUAAAAGACUUAUUGAAUGGACUAUUAGCUAAGAAUCCGAAAAAUAGAAUUGAUAAAAUAGAAACUCUACUGAAACAUCCCUGGAUGACAUAAUGGGGUGAUAAAAAUCUAUACAAAGAAUUAUUGUCUAAAAGAAUAGAACCUCCUUUAAAACCAGACUGUUUCUCAUUCAAUUUUGAUGAAGAAGAAUUUGGUUAAGGGGAGGCCGAAUUCUUGCAGUAAAUUAGACCUCUCCAAUAAAAUCUAAUGGAGAAUUUUCCUAAAGAAACAAUACUAAAAAACUUCUAUUAUAAUCCAAAGGAAACUAACUGUGCAGAAAGCACAAGAGGUACUAAUUUAAGUACCAAAGUAUAAGAGGAGCAACAAGGGACUCAGAGAUAAAAAACAAAACGAUUCAAUACAUAUGACGAUGAUAUAUCGAAUUAUGUAAACGAAUAAAAAUUUUUCCUAUUAAAUUAAUUAAGAUUAUAAACUGAGAAUGAAUAAAAGAGGAAGUCUGCAUGA